AUGGCUUAUGUAUUGACUAGCGAAUUCUUAAAUGAAGAAGAUUUAAUGUCGCUACGUAAAAGAAUUCUCGGCAAAAUCGUUGUCGAGAAUUUAAAGAUCCUCGGAGUUGAACGGCAAAGGCUUGGUCUUUGGAAACCUAUUGGUAGAUCGAAAUUUCGUUUUUCAAGUAUAUGA